AUGAGGAGGAGAAUUCACGUGGACAAUUGGCCAUUUGAGCUGGAGCAUCGGAGUUACGGACACGAACACGAGCUAGAUCUCCCUCACGGAAGAAUCCAUCGUCACCGUCUGGACCGGCCUGCAAAAGAAAGAACAGAACCAAAACAAGUCGGUGAACCACAUCCGAGUACUGGUUGUCCCGAAGGAAGAACUUCAAAUCUGAAUGGAAUUCCAGAAGAACCGCAUGAAGCAGAGGCUACAGUGCCAAUAAUAGCGGCAAGAAGAGUUGCUGUUAAUGGGUUCAUCACCAUUAGUGAUUGUGAUUAG